AUGCCUCACUACGAUAUUGAAACUGAUGUUUGUUUAUUCGACUUAGAUGGUACUAUCAUAUCUACCAUUGAAGCUGCCGAAUUGACGUGGUUAAAUCUAUGUAAGAAAUAUGAUGUUGAGCCAGAAGAAUUAUUCAAACAUUCACAUGGGGCACGUUCUGCAGAAAUAUUAACUAGAUUCUUCCCUCAAUUAGAUAAUUCACAGAACCAAAUCACUGUGGCAUUGGAGAGACAAAUGGCAGAUAAUUAUAUAUCUACUGUAAAAUUGGUCCCAGGUGUCCAUGAUUUGUUAUUAUCUUUGGAUAAAGAUAGUAUAACCGGUAGUAGAUUACAUGAAAGAAAAUGGGCUAUAGUAACUUCCGGUACCCCCUAUCUAGCAUUCUCAUGGUUUAAAAAUAUUUUGAAGGAUAUUGGUAAACCAGAUGUUUUUAUUACUGGGUUCGAUGUCUGCAAAGGGAAACCAGAUCCAAUGGGGUACCAAUUGGCUAAAAAUAAAUUGGCCAAUUUAUGGGGGUUAGACUUGAAUGGAACCUCUAACGUCUCCAGUGUGGUCUUUGAAGAUGCACCAGUGGGUAUCAAGGCUGGUAAAGCUAUGGGUGCAACUACCAUCGGAAUAACUUCAUCAAACCCAAAAGAAGUCUUAUUUGAUGCAGGUGCUGACUAUGUGGUAGAAGAUUUGACUCACGUUUGCGUUAUAAAAAACAGUGAAACUGGUAGAAUAACUUUAAGAAUUACUAAUCCAUUAUCUAGAUAA